AGUUGACCUUUUCCUCAACGGUCCAUGACACCAUUUGGGAACGCAUAAAAACCAGCGUUCGAAUUUGGGACGUCAGCCAUAUCCGUAUCGUUUCACUUUCCUUCCUUCACCACCCGGGAAGAGCACGAAGUUGACGCGGAACGAGGAACGUUGGAACUUCUGCUGAACCUUAGAAAGUUUCGCGCCGAAAAGAAAACCGGUUGGACAGCAUUAAGUUGGGUUGUCAGUAGGCUAACUUGACAUGGCCGGUGAAUCAGCACAAGUUCUGAACGCGCUCGACGUCGCAAAGACGCAAUGGUACCAUUUCACGGCGAUCAUCAUCGCUGGGAUGGGCUUCUUCACGGACGCGUACGACCUCUUCUGCAUAUCCCUCGUGACCAAGUUGCUUGGUCGGAUAUACUACCACGUGGACGGCGCGGCGAAGCCCGGAACCUUGCCUCCAAAUGUGGCUGCAGCUGUCAACGGCGUGGCCUUAUGCGGGACCCUGUCGGGCCAGCUCUUCUUCGGCUGGCUCGGCGACAAGUUGGGAAGGAAGAAAGUGUAUGGCCUGACACUGAUGAUCAUGGUGAUAUGCUCAAUUGCUUCGGGCUUGUCCUUCGGCCGCGAGCCCAAGUCCAUCAUGGCGACGCUCUGCUUCUUCCGGUUUUGGCUAGGAUUUGGCAUCGGAGGCGACUACCCGCUAUCUGCAACUAUUAUGUCUGAAUAUUCCAACAAGAAGACUAGAGGGGCCUUCAUCGCUGCGGUUUUUGCGAUGCAGGGGUUCGGGAUAAUGGCUGGCGGUGUGUUCGCAAUCAUCAUUUCGACCGCCUUCAAUUAUCGGUUCUCCAGCCCAGCUUAUGAGGAUAACCCGAUCCGCUCAACCAUCCCGCAGGCCGACUUUGUUUGGAGGAUCAUUCUGAUGGUGGGGGCGAUUCCGGCCGGUCUCACCUACUACUGGAGGUUGAAGAUGCCCGAAACCCGUUUCACCGCCCUGGUAGCUAAAAACAUGAAACAGGCCGCUGCCGACAUGUCAAAGGUUCUGAACGUUAAUAUGGAUGCAGAGCAACAGAAUGGUGAGAAGCGGCUGCCAGAGUCGGCAGCUGAGGAUCAAUCUGCUGGCUUAUUUGGCUUGUUCUCUAGCCAGUUUGUACGCCGCCAUGGGCUUCACUUGCUCGGAACUACGAGCACAUGGUUCCUACUCGACAUCGCGUUCUAUAGCCAGAACCUGUUCCAGAAGGACAUCUUCAGCGCUGUCGGGUGGCUUCCCCCGGCAAAGACCAUGAACGCGAUCGAGGAGGUGUUCAGGAUUGCCCGGGCUCAGACGCUCAUCGCCCUGUGCAGCACUGUGCCAGGGUAUUGGUUCACAGUGGCUUUCAUCGAUAGGAUGGGGAGGUUCGCCAUCCAGCUGAUGGGAUUCUUUUUCAUGACGGUCUUCAUGUUCGCCCUUGCGAUUCCUUAUGACCACUGGACUCACCCAGGAAACCACGUUGGCUUCGUGGUGAUCUACUCGCUCACUUUCUUCUUCGCCAACUUCGGACCCAAUGCCACCACAUUUGUCGUGCCGGCCGAGAUCUUCCCAGCCCGGUUCAGGUCCACAUGCCAUGGCAUAUCGGCAGCAUCCGGGAAGCUCGGUGCCAUUGUGGGGGCGUUCGGGUUCCUGUACUUGGCUCAGAACCAAGACAAGGCCAAGGCAGAUGCAGGGUACCCUGCAGGAAUUGGAGUCAGGAACUCCCUCCUCGUGCUCGGUGUAGUCAACUUUUUGGGGCUGCUAUUCACGUUUUUGGUGCCGGAGUCAAAGGGUAAGUCUCUGGAGCAGAUGUCAGGCGAGAUUGAGGAUGAAGACGAGGCAAAGCAGGCUUCGGAGCAGCAGCAGGCUUAUAGUAGUAGGACAGUUCCAGUUCUUUAGAUGCCGCGUCUGCCGGACUCCGACAUGUCUCCUCCAGUCCGUCUCGGAGCAGUUCUGAUGAGGGCCGGUUUUCAUUUAUUAGCUACUGAAUCAAGUGGACUUGGAUUGCCUCACUAUAUGUCUCUCAGUUUCAAUCCCUAGGUUUUAUAACCUUUGAUUUGUAGUUUUGUAAAAGAUGGUUUUACUGCGGCAUCCUUAUCAUUAUCUGAUGCCGUUUCUGCGUUUGUCGUGAGGCAUUCAUUUUGUCACGGGUUUAAACAAUAUGAUGUGGUUUCUCCAUA